AUGGCCGCUCCGCGCGCCGCGCCCCCGCGCCGCCCGCCCGCGCCGCGCCGGCCGUGGCUCCCGCUGCCGCUCCUGCUGCUGCUGCUGCUGCUGCCGCCGCCCGCGCCGAGCGCAGGUCUUGACCACUCUGCCGAACUGGCGUUUGCUGUGGAGCCAAGCGAUGAUGUGGCCGUCCCCGGGCAGCCUGUAGUGCUGGGCUGCAGGGUGGAUGGGACCCCUCCGGUGCGAAUCACCUGGAGGAAGAAUGGGGUGGAGCUGUCAGAGAGUGCCCACACCACCGUGCUGGCCAACGGGUCCUUGAUGAUUCCUCACUUCCUGCUGGAUCGAGGAGGAGGCAGCCCUUCAGACGAAGGUGACUAUGAGUGCGUGGCUCAGAACCGCUUUGGGCUGGUGGUCAGCCGGAAGGCUCGCAUCCAGGCUGCAACCAUGUCAGACUUCCACGUGCACCCCCAGGCCAUCGCGGGUGAGGAGGGCGGUGUCGCCCGCUUCCAGUGCCAAAUCCAUGGACUCCCCAAACCCCUGAUCAUGUGGGAGAAGAACAGAGUCCCCAUCGAUACGGACAACGAGAGGUACACACUGCUGCCCAAGGGCGUCCUGCAGAUCACAGGACUUCGCGCUGAGGACAGUGGCGUCUUCCACUGUGUGGCCUCGAACAUUGCCAGUGUCCGUGUCAGCCACGGGGCCAGGCUCACCGUGUCAGGCUCGGGCUCUGGGGCCUACAAGGAGCCUAUGAUCCUCGUGGGGCCUGAGAACCUCACCCUGACCGUUCACCAGACCGCAGUGCUGGAGUGUGUCGCCACGGGCAACCCGCGCCCCAUUGUGUCCUGGAGCCGCCUGGACGGCCGCCCCAUUGGGGUGGAGGGCAUCCAGGUGCUGGGCACCGGGAACCUCAUCAUCUCAGACGUGACCGUCCAGCACUCGGGUGUCUAUGUCUGCGCGGCCAACAGGCCUGGCACCCGGGUGAGAAGAACAGCACAGGGCCGGCUGGUGGUGCAAGCCCCAGCAGAGUUUGUCCAGCACCCCCAGUCCAUCUCCAGGCCAGCUGGGACCACCGCCAUGUUCACUUGUCAAGUGCAGGGCGAGCCGCCCCCUCACGUCACGUGGUUGAAGAACGGCCAGGUGCUGGGGCCCGGGGGCCACGUCAGGCUCAAGAAUAACAACAGCACCCUCACCAUUUCUGGAAUCGGCCCCGAAGAUGAGGCCAUCUACCAGUGUGUGGCCGAGAACAGUGCUGGCUCCUCACAGGCCAGUGCCAGGCUGACCGUACUGUGGGCCGAGGGGCUGCCCGGGCCCCCCAUCAACGUGCGAGCAGUCUCCGUAUCCUCCACUGAGGUCCGUGUGUCCUGGAAUGAGCCCCUGGUCAACACCGAGGAGAUCAUCGGCUAUGUCCUGCACAUCAGGAAGGCUGCGGACCCACCAGAGCUGGAGUAUCAGGAAGCGGUGAGCAAGAGCACCUUCCAGCACCUGGUGAGCGACCUGGAGCCCUCCACAGCCUACAGCUUCUACAUCAAGGCCUACACGCCACGGGGGGCCAGCUCAGCCUCACCCCCCACGCUGGUCAGCACCCUUGGUGAAGCCCCCGCCCCUCCCCCAUUGUCAGUGCGAGUCCUGGGCGGCUCCACCCUGCAGCUGCUGUGGGAGCCCUGGCCCCGGCUAGCCCAGCACGAGGGCGGCUUCAAGCUGUUUUACCGCCCAGCCAGCAAGGCCUCCUUCACCGGCCCCAUCCUUCUGCCUGGAACUGUCUCCUCCUACAACCUCAGCCAGCUCGAUCCCACUGCGGUGUACGAGGUGAAGCUGCUUGCCUACAACCAGCACGGCGAUGGCAAUGCCACGGUCCGCUUUGUGUCUUUGAGAGGGGCUUCUGAGAGGACAGCCCUGAGCCCACCAUGUGACUGCCGGAAGGAGGAAGCCACCAACCAGAUGUCCACCACAGGCAUUGUCAUCGGCAUCCACAUCGGGGUCACCUGCAUCAUCUUCUGUGUCCUCUUCCUCCUGUUUGGCCAAAGGGGCAGGGUCCUCCUGUGUAAGGAUGUAGAAAACCAGCUGUCCCCUCCUCAGGGCCCCCGGGGCCAGAGGGACCCUGGCGUCCUGGCACUGAAUGGGGCCAGACUGGGAGAUCGGGGCCACCUGAGCCGAGACGAGAAACGAGUGGACAUGAAGGAACUGGAGCAGCUGUUCCCCUCGGGUGGGGCCGCAGGCCAGCCCGACCCCAGACCCAACCCCAGACCCAUGCAGGAUCCGGUGGCCCCUGCCCUGUGUGAGGAGACCCAGCUCUCCACGCUGCCCCUUCAGGGGUUCAGCCUCCAGGAGGAGAGGACUUCGGAGGCCAAGGCUCCACGUGCAGGCCCCGAAGCUGCACCCUCACCCCAGGACAAAGGCUCCGGCCUCCUCAGUGAAGGACAAGCUGCCCCGCCUUGCUCAGCACCAGCUGCCCAGUCAGCUCUCUUGGGACAGUAGCCAGUGUCUGGCCCACUCCAGAGGGGGCAACCCCCCAUUCUCAGGUCAAAGGCAAGACUUUCCUGUCAUGUGGGACGUGGAUGGGGGCCUCCCCGAGUUUCUGGCUGCCCCGCAGGUUGUCCAGACCUAAAGAAGCCUCAGCAGGGAGCCCCCGCACCGGCACCCGGAGGGGUCGCUGCAGGAGUCCUCCCUGGGGCUGAUACCCCCUCACCUCCGCCUGGUACCCACGUGACUUGGAACUGAACUAAUGUUUUCUUUAAAAAAAACUUAAAAUGGAAAAAAAAAAAAGAAGAAGAGAAGAGAGAGGAAGGUGAAUCAGACUCCCAAACCUUGCCCCUGCUGUGGCCGGGCCCUGACACUGUCACCCCCACCGACCUUGUUUUCUCAGGAUGGAUUUUGCUGUUUGGUUCUCAGCACCUACCUCAGCCGGAAUGAAUGUCCUUGAGGGAGCGGCUCGGCCUUAGGCCCCUCCCCGACAGAGCCCCGAAUGCACUCCUACCUCAAGCCCCUUGACGGGCAGCCCCUCUUUCCUCCCCACAUUGUUGUCCAGAGUUUUAAAAAAAAAAAAACCCACAAAAAAAAAGCACUUCCCUAUUUCCAGGUGUGAAAGAAACC